CUGCUGUAAAAGCCAUUACAAACCACCGGUCGCGUUCCUUCCGCACAUAUCGGCAAUAAAUCCCGGAAAACAGAUACCUACUGAGUCUGAAAAAUCAUAGGAUAAAAACUCUGCAGUGUGAUGUAUAAAGUCACUCCACUGAAGCUCUUCUGUCUCUUUCUUCACAGUGCCGUCCCAUCCAUUGAUGGUUUUCAGAAAAGGAAAUUAAAGGCAAUACUUUGUGUCACAUUUUCGGUGAACACUAAGGUUCUAAAACUCUAUCCUUACCCCAAGCAUUUUUACUUCCUAGAAUUUAAUUCCCUACAACUAAGCAGAGAUUAGGGAAUCAUAUUCACCUAUCUGCCUCUAUGGUGACAGAAUUUAUUGUUUGUACUUAACCUGGCUGGAGCCUGCAAUUGUGAAAUAAAUACUGUUACAAAUGGGGAUUUUACAACUAACUUUGAAAAUAAGGAGUUGACCUGGGUCAGAGUAUUUGGGAGAGAAGCUGGAAGACAACUGCAACAGGGUAAUGAAGUUUGCUAGUGAAGGGUUUGACACAAUGAUCUUUAUUACUGAUACCAAAAAUAUUUAUUUUGCACAAGCACAGCACAUUUUAGCUAAUUCUUUCUACUAAUUUCAAAAUGAGUCACAAGUCAUAUGCAGCAUACAGAUCACCAGCAACCUUAAGGUCAGCUUCUUACUGAAUUCACAUGUAAACCUAAAAAGUAUAUGCUUUUAUUUUUUAUUGCAAUGUUACUUUGUCUCAACUAUGAAAAUCAACUCACUUUAGAGUAAAAUAAAGUAGGAGAUUCCUGGUUUCCUUAUAGAUGGCUGAAUCAGAAUCUCAGGAAGGAAACUAUUAUAACAGGGGAAAGAUGGUGGAGAACUUUAAAACAGAUAUGGAGGAACUUCUGGAGGAAAUGGAAAAACUAACAGUGCGUGCAACCUGGAUGGCCUACGACUGCGUGGCCAUCCAGACCAACCCAGACCUGUCCAACGCCAUGCAGCACUUGGAAGAUGUCUUCCUGAUGUGCAAAGAGCAGAUGGAGAAGAAAUGGCAAGAGGUGCUACAGGAAUCUAUAGGUGAAGAGCAAAAAAAGGAAUAGAUUGAACUCGGUCAUACUGCCAGAAUGACAUCCCUUGGAAAACCACUUAGGUCCUUUUUUCUCCCAGCUGUGGAGGUUUCACCACAGCUGGGAGAAAUGUGGUGGGAAAUGGGCUUUCCUCUUGCUAGGAACUACUUAUUCGUGAAUGUCUGUGGAAUUAUUUUAAUGAGAUUACACAUAUAGCUUCAUAUAGUUGAGGGUAAAAGGCAACAAUGUGUGUAUUUGCAUGCUGCCCAUCAGUAAUCCCUGUAGAGUUUCCACACACAACUGACACACCCUCUGACCUUUUCCCCAGAAGAUCAUACUCACUUCAUGGUCAGUAUAACUGCAAUUCUUAGAAACCUGAACAAACUGGGGGGAUGGAGAGCAGGGGUGCUGUAGAGGGCCAGCCUAGUAGCAUUGUACUAGCCCAUGCCUUUCAAAGAAAACUGAAGAAUUGCUUAUUUUCCCAAAUGAAACACAGGUUAUAAAUUCCAGAUCUGCAGAUAGAUUUAUAUGGUUUUAUUUAGUAUUAUCAUCUAGGUGUUCAAUUACAUAGUUUUAUUAUUUAGAUAGACCAUCCACAGUUGUUGCAUCUUCUUUCAUUAGAUUUUUAACCAUUUUUUUGAACUGAUUUCCCCAGAAAGAUUGUUCCUCUCAAACCCUAAGAAGGUGGCAUGAAAUAAAUUUUUUUUUGUAAUUAUAGACUGCAGUGAGUGUGGUGACAUUGCUGCAGAAACCAAACUAAUCAUGCUAUAAAACAUGCUUCUCUCCAUAUGUUCUUACUGUGAAAUAUUAAAAAAGGACAAAAAAAAUUCUUUAGUCAGGAUGUGAAUUAAGAGCAGCAUCUCAUGGUUUGUGGUUUUACAUAAAUGAGUAAUUUAUCAGAGAUGGAAUUCAGUGCAAUAAAUUUUAAGGAUUUUAUUUUAUUAAAAUCAGUCUCUUUUAACAAGAAAGUAACCACCAUGCAGCAAGUGAGAGCACCUCCAUCUCCUCUGAAGAGGUAAUGAUUUAAAUCACAUCUAAAUAAUCCCUGAAAGUUUGCCAACGUUUAGGUUGUGUAUUUGAGAGUGGUUGAUCUAAACUCAGACAAAAUGUUUAUCCAUUGAAGUAAAAAAUAUGUAGUCAAUUUAACUUUGGGUUUGUUUGUUUUUUAACACCAAGUAUUUCCAGAGGUACAAAUGGUAAGAACAAACUUUGAACUGUACACUUGACUUUCCCAUGGGUAGGUCUUCAGUUCUGCCCAAGAUUUUCUUUGCAGUUAUGUGAUGGUUAUGAGAGGAAAGUUAGGGAUAGGCAGCAGUGCUUAUUCCUAGAAAAACUAUACAGCAAGAUAUUUAUAUUUUAACUUUGCUAUUUUUAUCCUUUAUUUAUUUAUUGGGUUAUUACUUACCAUCUACCCUAUUUCAGCCCCCCUAGAGCCUGCAGCAGAACCCAGAUAGCCCACACUAACACCUUUAUUUCCUGUCACAGGGGUGCAUCUAUAAAUUUCCAGAACAAAUUAAGUGGAGUAAGAGCCCCAUCUAGUGCUCACAUAACAGUACCAGUAAACUGGAUUGUUGACAUCUCUUAACACCCCAGAACCCAUUUUCUGUGAUGAGAAGUGUCAGCAGUAGCAUGGUGUGUAACACUGCAAUGCUUUUGCAUGGCAAAGCAAAAUUUACUGAUCUUAGUUAUGCACUGCACCUGUUGGUAAGUCAAGAGGCUGAUGCCCAAGAGUAACCUAUCCAAGAGUCAUCAAGUGGAGCCAUAAGUAUUCUCAAUAUUCUGUUUUAGAGUUUCCAUUAACAGUUUCUUACCAAGAAACACAUGAGACUUAUACAAAGCCUUCUGCAAAUUCCAAUGGAAAUUCUUCUGGUUGAAACUGUGCCCUUCUUUCCAGUGUAAAACAACUGAAAGGGGGCUGAAAUGAGAACAUUUCACACUCUGGGAUCUUGACCAUGUCAGAACAUGUCCUAGAGCUCUGUUUAGAAUAUUUUUUCAUUUACUACUACUGCCCUCCAGUUCUUUAUUAUAGCCCCAAUUACAUCAGAAAGGCUCAAGAAGCCAUAUGAGCUGUUUCACCUUUUAGUAUAUUUUCAAAAGUUCAGUCCAGAUUCUUGCAGCAAUUUUUCCUGAAACUGAAUCUGUAACACCUCUAUUUACACAUACUAUUAAAAUGAUUUUUUUUUUCCUGAACAAGAACUGUAUCACAUAGGCACUAUUGGCAUGAAAGCGGCAGUGUACAAUUAAUUAAUUUUAAGGACCUUUGUGGUCCUCCUCAAAUCACUAUUUACAAGUCAAAACUUACAGCCAAACAUUGAAGAAUAAUGUAUUUUGACACUAGUCAGAAAGUAUAAUGAAGCUCUGAGUCUUUUCUAUCACAUUUUAAAACCUUAAAAUAUUAAUUACUCAUUUCAUCAGCUGGUGGUACUAAGUCAUCAAGAUCCAUUUUCUGCUCAGUGCAUCAUUGUCCUGUUCUAGGACUAAAAAUUCAAUCAUAGCAGCCUUGCUCCAUUAUUGCAAACAGCACAAAAUAGAAAGUUUAAGCUACUACUUAGCUGACAUGGCCUCCGAAAUCUUCUCAUCCCCUUUUACACCUGCAACAGGAUCCCACUGCCACUUGGCUCACACAGAUUAUUUCCCCUACAGCUCUGAGGAUUUCAGAGCAUGGACUUUCUCUCCACAAAAUCACAGUGGUACUGAAGGCUUAUUGGUUCUCCAAAAAGCCAAACCAGCAGAAAGCAGAAUGAUGUCUAAAGCCAUGGCUUUGAACUCAGCAUCUGCAAAGAGACUAAAAAAUCCACAGCAAGUAACAGUCAGACAUCCACAGCUGUUUUCACACGCCUUAUAGCAAACUCCGUAGCACAGGCUUUAUUUCCAGAGCUUUUUUCCAACAGAAAGUGUUUCACUUCCAAGGCACUUUUAGCACCUGUGUAGCUCUCCCGUGACAGCAGCACUGCCUGAGACAGAAGCUUACAGUACACCCAUCUCUCCAGACUGUGAAUGCCUUGUACUGCAAUCAUGUUCAAAUGAAACAAUGCACAAAGGAAGGCCUACAGAACUGUCUUCUUCCUUUCUUUAUCCUCCUCAAGUUCACAAGCCACAGGGAAUGUUUUUGCAGCACAUCAGCUACUCUGCAAAUUCAAAAUCCAUGGAGCAAAAUGUCUUUGUAAGAAAUCAAACCAACAUAACACAAACUAAGCUCUCAUCUGAAAUUCUGCUUGAUGCAGAUAACCCAUAGCCUUCUUUACAGCACAAGCACCAGCUGCCAAGAGAAAUGACCCUCAUUAUUGAGCACCAGGUUUAUUUUUUUUUUCUGGCAAAUUCAGCUAACAAGAGCAUAAGAGGCCUAGUAAAGGAACAAUUUAUGUAUAGCCCAAGACAUCCAAGAUGUAAUUUUAGUAAGUGCUUUAAACUUCAUUAGAGUUAAGCUUAAAUUUUCAUUAUCAGGGAACUGAGGGAAGUAGGUUAUGUCAGUCACUGGCUUCUGUUUUAUGCAAACAUUCUUACUAGGCAGGACAGAAAUAACAAUGACAAAUGUCCAAUACUACUAGGACAUUACUUGCAUCUCUCCCUCACUUUCUCCAUUCAUAAAAAAAAGAAGAUGACUAGUUAGGUAGUUAAGAUACUUUUGUUAACCUGAUUCAAUCUGACCUACAUUUUUGCAGAGAUUAAGAAAAUUCUCUUUAGCCUGUCAAAUCUCUCAAGCAAAAACACCAAAUGAAGGCAGUUCAAGUAGUUUUUAUGACAAGUGCUGCAGAACCAUUUCAGUAUUUAUAAAUAACCUGUAUCUGCUUGUUAUGGUAAAAUUAUCAACCUCUCCCCAGUAUGCUUGCACAUUUAGUUUGGAGCAAAAUUUAAGCCUAAAAAACUUUAUCCUGCUUAAGAAUUUUUUUAAGGUACCAUUACUUAUAUUUUCCUCACCUUACUGCAUUUUAUUUUGUGUGAAAACAGACGUAUUUCUUCAUCUUCCAAGUGAAGAUUUCUUCCUCAACCAAGCUUAUGGCUUUCACUUCACAACUCAUUAAGAGGUUCCUAAUCCCUUGCAAUUCAGUCAGCUGUAAUCAAUGCAGCUCGGGCAACACGGCCAUUUCCCACCCUCCUUGUCCCCAAGGCAAAGGCAAUAGGGUGUAAGGGCCCUUCCUCACCUUCCCAGAAGCUGGAAGCAAAAACCUUUUGAGUGCAAUUAUGCCCUGCACUCUGCUCAACUCCUGAAGAAUAACAUGACUGUUUGAGAAACAAAUAUGCUUAUCUAGGAGUUGGGUAACAACAACUGCAAGACAGUGAGAAAUGCUGGACUAGACAAUGAAGGACACAAGAAAUGCACCCAUAUUCAACAACUGGAAGCAGACUGAUAACACCUGGAAGACAGCCAAGUUUUAGCGAGGAACACUAAAAUGCCACUGAUAUUAUAAGAUAGCUCAGUACUUUGCUCAUUAACACAAGAUGGCACAGGUACAGAGAUUUUACUGGUUUGAAUAAAAAGUGGAGAAGCCAGUCAAGCAUUAUUCAAAACAGAAGCUUAGAUAAAAUGGUAGUUACUAUGCCAGUGUCCUUCUUGAGCAGAGUCUCAAAACUUGGAUUCUACUGUUUACACAACACAAAAGCUUAGCAAAACAGAUGAGGAAAAAAAACAUUCCAGGAACUCACUUCACAUCCCCCAAACUCCUGCCACAAAACAGUAACAGGAAAACCCAACUAUCAAACAUCAUUAGAGCCAAAGGAACAGAGGGAACACUGUAAGUUAUAGCUGUUUAGUGAUUUCUUUGCAGAAGUUUUGUAUUCAAGUAUAUCCACCUAACCAUGCCCAGGUAUCAUCCAGCAAGACACACCAAAGAGGCAGCUCUCCUUUACAUAUAAACGCUGAAGGAACAAGAUGAAAAUAAUGAAUUCUUUAAAAAGCAAACAUGAAAAAACACUCUAAACCAGAUUUUUUUCUUUGGUAGUUGAAAUCACUUUUAUUUGUGAGGAACGUCACCCAUGCUGCACAGUUUCAAAAAGAUCUUAACAAGGAAAGCGGAAGUUUGUCCUCCCCAUGUCCUGCAGUGAACAGGACGGGCACAGAAAAAAACCUCACACUUGGGAGGUUUAGCACCAGCAUCCAAUAAAAAAAGCAUUUUAUUUCAAUUUUAGUUCUUUGGUUGUUUUUUUUUUCCCCUUUUCAGUUUGAUACCAAAAGAAAAAUUGAAAAAA